AUGCUUCGCCGAGUUGGCGCGAGGUUGCUGUGCAGCGUCACGCUGGCCAACGGCACGGUCUUGAAAGGCGACCUCAAUCCACUACACAAGGAUCUUCUCCUACGCGGCAUCGCCAUCUUACCGGAUGGGCGGGUCUACAGCGGGUCCUACGACGCGCAGGCGGGCUUCCCGCUGGCCGGCAGCCAGUUAGAAGAAGACGGUGACCUGUACAGAGGUGAGUUCAAUGCGGCGUGGCAGCGAGAGGGCAAGGGGGAGGCCUGGCUCGCAGACGGUACGCAUUACAAGGGCACCUUCAAGGAGGACGCGCUUUGCGAAGGCGUGGUGCGCAUCCCCAACGGAACGACGGAGGUGGUGUUUGAGGGGACGCUGCGGGAUGAGUCCUUUGUAGAGGGGCGACUUACGCAGAGCGACUUUGUGUACGAGGGCGAGUUCGCGGACAACAAACCCCACGGCAAAGGCAAACUCGUCUUCUCCACUGGCGCGGAGCAGGAGGGAACGUUUUUCAAUGGCAAGCUGCACGGGACUGAGUGCAAGAUGAAGCUGGAAGGCGGCUUUGUGUACGUGGGCGACUUCAUGGAUGGCCAGAUCCGCCGCGGUACCCUCUACACCCCCACGUACACAUACGAAGGCGACUUUAACGAGCACGGUCGGGCACACGGCGAAGGUGCGCAGACGUACCUUAUUAACGAACCGCGUCUGAUCUUUACCGGUGUGUGGAGCAACGGUGCGCUGGUGCGUGGCGUCUGCCACGACGAGUACGGCUGCGUGGUGGAUUGGCAGAACAACGGUGAACUGCAAGCGAAGGUGCUGGGUGGUCCGACAGGCGAUGGGGAGCAGAGCAUGGCGGUGAAUAGCUACUGCGGCGCGAGGUUGAAGGAGGCGGAUCAGAUGCACCGCGACAUGCAGCGCAGCUACGUCGAGGACGCGGAGACGGUGGCGAGGUCGAUCGGCCGCUACCCGACUAAGUUGGACCUCGGAUAUGAGGGUAGCAUCUCGUACGAGAAUGAGGCGGUGCUGCAGGCACAGCGCAAGCAGAUGGACGGCAUGGAAUCGUCGAAGGAGAAGCUGUCGGAGCGGGUGAAAGGCUUCGCCGACGUCGCGGCUGGAGUGAAGGGCACCAUUGUGGGUGAGAUCAACGAGAACAUGGCGAAGAUUCAAUUUACGCGCCAGAUCGGUGCCGAACAGCUGUCCUCGGAGCGCAUUGAUGAACAGUUUGAGCGCUUCAUGAAGGACUUCGACAAACCGACGGUGAACUCUGGCGUGCCGGCGUCGAGUGAGAAAAGACUGAACAUCGACGGCAACGCGCCGUGGAAGAGCUUCACGCCGCCUAAGUGA